CCCUCCCUGUGUCUCUUUCUCUGUCUCUCAGCAUCUCUCCGUACCACCCCCACGCCGUAACCUUGGGUGGAAUCCGGAGACCCCUCCCUGGCUCUGGCUGGGUGUGGUCCAUGGGUGCCGUGUGGUGCCCGGGCAGGCGUGGGUGGGUGGGGAGCGGGGCUGCAGGUGCACCUGGGGACCGUGUGGGACAGCAGUUCUCAGGCACUGGGCACUGCUCUGAAGUCCCUGCACCCACUCAGCUCAGGGGCGCAUCCACAUACCUUCAGAGGCAGGGCUGUCCUGCAAAAUCUGUUUUGAAUGUAUUUUGAAAACACUUGGCCACCCUAACAAUGUGAGCAGAACAUUUCUUUUUCUGCCACAAAGGUGGAAAGACUCAAUUCUGAGUGGGAAACGUGGGUGCCACCCUUUCCCGUGGGUCAGCCAUGCAGCAGGACCAGAGGCCACGAAGGUUCUCCCCACGAACAUUUCCCGAAAGACCCUCAGUGCCAGCCUUGCUUCCAGGUGCACUUAGAGAUGGUCCCGUGUGGACACUCCCCAGGGGGCCAGCCGUGAGCCAAGCAGCAGGGGACCCUCAUGACACGUCUUCCCCUCGGCCCCUGUGGAGACUUGACAUCAUGGACAAAUACCUCACUGCUCCAGAGGCCAGUCUCCGGGCAUGAGAGCAGCGGGCUCAAGAGGCACCUGCAGCCAUGUGGCCGCGGCCACUGGCAGACUCAGCUUGUGGGAGUCCCCACAUGGCACAGCUGCUGCUGGCCGCAGAUGCAGGACUGACCCCCACUGCCCCGCUCCAUCCAGCCGUGCCCACCUCCCAACCCAGCACACCCUCUAACGACUGUCCCAUUCUCUCUCCCUCCCACCUGUCUCCUGCUCCCGGCUUCUCCCACCCUCAGAAGAGGCCCAGGAGGAAGAGGAAGUCCAGGAAGCUGCGCGGGCUUUUCUCUUGCAUGUGCGCUUGUGCCUUAUGCUGUGAAGACGCCGUGGAGGAGGGGCAGGAGGAGGACGAGGAAGAGGAGAAGCCGAGACCCAAACUCACUGCUCCUAAGAUCCCGGAAGGGGAGAAAGUAGACUUCGAUGACAUCCAGAAGAAGCGCCAGAACAAAGACCUCAUGGAGCUGCAGGCCCUCAUCGACAGCCACUUCGAAGCCCGGAAGAAGGAGGAAGAGGAGCUGAUCGCCCUCAAGGACAGGAUCGAGAAGCGCCGUGCAGAGAGGGCUGAGCAGCAGCGGAUCCGCGCCGAGAAGGAGCGGGAGCGCCAGAACAGGCUCGCGGAGGAGAAGGCCAGGAGAGAGGAGGAGGAUGCCAAGAGGAGGGCGGAGGACGACCUCAAGAAGAAGAAGGCCCUGUCCUCCAUGGGCGCCAACUACAGCAGCUACCUGGCCAAGGCCGACCAGAAGAGGGGCAAGAAGCAGACGGCGCGGGAGAUGAAGAAGAAGAUUCUGGCUGAGAGGCGCAAGCCCCUCAACAUCGACCACCUGAGCGAGGACAAGCUGAGGGACAAGGCCAAGGAGCUCUGGGAGACCCUGCACCAACUGGAGACGGACAAGUUCGAGUUUGGGGAGAAGCUAAAACGCCAGAAGUACGAUAUCACCACCCUCAGGAGCCGCAUCGACCAGGCCCAGAAGCACAGCAAGAAGGCUGGGGCCACGGCCAAAGGCAAGGUCGGUGGGCGCUGGAAGUAAAGGAGCCGCAGCGGCCCCCCGAGGCAGAGACCCUUGGCCCUCGCCUGCUCCUGGAUCUGUCUGUGUUCCAGCUUCCAUGCCA